AGACCUCACAGGCCAGAGACCUUCUCUUCUCCCUCUGCUCUCCCAGCUCCAAUCUCCAGUCUCAUCCUCAGCUCUGCAGCAGGAACAACUGCGCAGCCUUCCCUGCACUCCGGUUCCCAUCUCCUGUGGACCCCACAGAUCUUCCCUUUCUAACCCUUCGGCCUUAAACUUGUAGCCUUGUCCCAGCUCAUUCUUUGCUUAUGACUGAAACACACUCGCUUCCUACCAGGAGCGAUUCCAAGUAUUGUGGAAAGAUGAUUUCCAAGGUUGACUCUUUGUCAAACUGAGUUUCAGACGAGUAAGUCUGAUUAGGGAAGGAAGCAUGCCCACACAUGAAUAGGGGUUAUUGCUCAAUCUGCAUUCACGCCCUGGUGGAAACGAACUUUCAGUUUCAGUAGCUCCGGAUGGUAGGAGAGAAACACCAUGGCUGACAACAUCCUAAGGGCAAAGAGGAAGCAGUUCAUCCGUUCAGUGAAUGCAGAGACAAUAAAUGGCUUGCUGGAUGAACUUUUGGAGAAGAAAGUGCUGAACCAGGGAGAGAUGGAGAGAAUAAAAGCUGUAAAUGCCACUGUUAUGGACAAGGCACGGGACCUGUGUGAUUCUGUCACUAAAAAGGGGCCUCUGGCAUGCCAAAUCUUUAUCACUUACAUUUGUAAUGAAGACAUCUACCUGGCAGGAAUUCUGGAGCUUGAAUUGGGUUCACCAGCUGAAAAUUCCAUCAGGACAGAUAAUUUCCAAGGAGGACUUCCUUCUUCCUCAGAAACAAAGCAAGGACAGAACAAAGAAGGCAGCAAACUUCCAGGACCAAGUGGGACCCUCAAGUUAUGCCCCUUAGAUCAAGCCCAGAAGAUUCGGGAAGAAAACCCUUCAGAGAUUUAUCCAAUAAUGAAUACAUCCACUCGUACACGUCUUGCCCUCAUUAUCUGCAACACAGAGUUUGAAUACCUUCCUAGGAGGGAUGGAGCUGAUGUGGACCUCAGAGAAAUGAGGUUGCUGCUGCAGGAUCUGGGAUAUACUGUGAAAGAGAAAGAAAAUCUCACAGCUCAGGAGAUGACUGAAGCGGUAAAGGAAUUUGCUGACUGCCCGGAGCACAAGACUUCUGACAGUACUUUCCUUGUAUUCAUGUCUCAUGGUAUCCAGGAAGGAAUAUGUGGAAAGACAUACUCUGAUAAAGUACCAGAUGUUUUAAAAGUUGACACUAUCUUUCGAAUGAUGAACACUUUGAAGUGUCCAAGCUUGAAAGACAAGCCCAAAGUUAUCAUCAUUCAGGCCUGCCGUGGGGAGAACCGAGGAGUGGUGUUGGUAAAAGAUUCAGUAGAAGACACUGGAAAAAAAUUCCUAGUGGAUGCGGAUUUGGAAGAUGAUGGAAUUAAGAAAGCCCAUAUAGAGAAGGAUUUUAUUGCUUUCUGCUCUUCAACACCAGAUAAUGUCUCCUGGAGGCAUCCUGUCAAAGGCUCUCUUUUCAUUGUGGAACUCAUCAAACAAAUGAAAGAAUAUGCCUGGUCUUGUGACCUGGAGGACAUUUUCAGAAAGGUUCGAUUUUCAUUUGAACAACCAGAAUAUAGUUUACAGAUGCCCACCACUGAAAGGGUGACUUUGACAAAACGUUUCUACCUGUUCCCAGGACAUUAAAAUAAGAAGCCAAGAAUUCCAUCAUUCUGUACCUGUUUUGGGAAUCAUGUCAAUGAAAAGCAACAUUUCACUAAAUGAUGCAAUAAAUCUCAAACAAAACUGAAAGGCUA